AGAGUCGUUGUUGUCAUAGUUUAAAAUUGCAAUUGCGGUUACGCUCAAAAUUUUAUAUUGCAAUAAAAUGUGGACAGAUGUGACCGAUGCAGUCUAAAUUACAUUACAACUGUGAUAGUAAUACUGUGACUUCAAAAUCCGCAAUAUUACGACCGCAAUUACAACUGCAGACCGCAAUUUAAAAUCAUUAGAUACAAACUACAAAUUAAAAGUAGCCUAAAAAGCAAGUAAGAUAGCUUAAAAAACAGUAGUUGAUCCUGAAUGUUUCAACACCAAUCCACAACAUGAUUUCCUUAUCAGAUGUUAAUCAUGUAGUGACAAAAACUGUCCCAUUAUAUGUAACAAUGAUACUAGCCUAUGUAUCAGUAAAAUGGUGGAAAAUCUUCACACAAGAACAAUGUUCAGGAAUAAACAAAUUUGUUGCAAAAUUCUCAGUACCCCUUUUGUCAUUUCAAGUCAUUUCAUCCAACAACUUCUACAAAAUGAGCCUAAAACUCAUGUAUGCUGAUUUCAUUCAGAAACUUCUUGCAAUCAUUUUGUUGAUAGCAAUUACUAAGAUAAGUGGCAGAGGUGGUUUGAAAUGGAUUAUAACUGGUUUUUCAUUGUCAUCACUUCCUAAUACUUUGAUUCUUGGAAUUCCUUUGAUUAAAGCUAUGUAUAAGGAAGAAGCUGUUGUUCUUUUAGCACAAGUUGUUUUCUUGCAAAGUAUGAUUUGGUACAAUUUGCUUUUGUUUCUUUAUGAGUUUGAUGCUGCUAAGAACAUGGUUUCUGCAACACCUUCACAAGGAACAGGAGAAUUGGAGACGGCUCGCGAAAUGCAAUUGAAAGGAGAAGAAGAUGAAGAUCCAGUUCUAACAAAAAGGAAAAAGAAGAUUUUUCCCAUUCUUGUAACAGUGGGAAAGAAGCUAAUAAGAAAUCCAAAUACUUUUGCAUCUUUAAUUGGCUUCAUUUGGUCAAGCAUAAAGUUCAGGUGGGGAAUACAUAUGCCUGAAGUGGUUAGUCAAUCAAUAGAACUAUUGUCUAAUGGAGGUCUUGGCAUGGCAAUGUUCAGCUUAGGUCUGUUUAUGGCAUCACAGUCAAGCAUGAUAACAUGUGGGCCAAGGAAUACAAUGGUUGCAAUUGGACUGAAAGUUUUGGUAGGGCCUGCUCUAAUGGUUGUGGCAUCCUUUCUCAUUGGAUUAAGAAACACAUUGUUUAAAGUUGCAAUUGUUCAGGCAGCUCUACCACAAGGAAUUGUUCCUUUUGUUUUUGCUAAAGAAUAUAAUGUCCAUCCAUCCAUCUUAAGCACUGCGAUAUUGUUAGGAAUGCUCAUUGCCUUGCCAGUGGAAUUAGCUUUCUAUUUCCUCUUAGCACUUUGAAGGGUUGUGUUAAUUAAUUAUAUACUAGGAACAAUUAUUUCUAUUUCCUCUUAGCACUUUGAAGGGUUGUGUUAAUUAAUUAUAUACUAGAAACAAUUAUAAGAGCUUAUUAUUGUUGGAAAAUAUAAUACUUUACACAUUUGUAAAUUACACUAAUUGAUUUAUUAUG